UACAAGUCCACUCCACCACGCCCAAUGGCGUGAGAUAUAUAAGGGAGAGAUCCAAACGCAACACAACGCCCAACAGACAAAACUCCGAGGAGAGAAGGAGAGAGGGAGGCAUUUUCUCAGAUCUAAUCCAUUUUCUCGGCAUUUUCUCAUGGCGUCCCCGCGAUCUAUCGUCUUCGUUCGCACUGCGAUUCUUCUCCUUCUGAUCCACGCCGCCCACUGCUUCUACCUCCCCGGCGUCAGUCCUCAGGACUUUCAGAAGGGAGAUCCAUUGAAGGUGAAAGUGAACAAAUUAACCUCUACGAAGACUCAACUUCCUUACACGUACUAUUCUCUGCCUUAUUGCCGCCCAGGAAAAAUUGUGGACAAUGCAGAGAAUCUCGGGGAAGUGCUUCGUGGUGAUCGUAUUGAAAACUCCCCUUAUGUGUUUAAAAUGCGGGAACCACAGUUGUGCAAUGUUAUCUGCCACCUGAAACUCGAUGCAAAAACUGCGAAGGAUUUUAAAGAGAAGAUUGAAGAUGAGUAUCGGGUCAACAUGAUUCUGGAUAACCUUCCUCUUGUUGUUCCCAUAAGGAGGCUUGAUCAAGAAUCUCCUCCUCUUUAUCAGCUUGGAUAUCAUGUUGGGCUUAAAGCACAAUAUGCUGGAAACAAGGAAGAGAAGUAUUUUAUCCACAAUCAUUUGAUAUUUACUGUCAAGUUUCAUAAAGAUUUGCAAACUGACUCAGCAAGGAUUGUGGGAUUUGAGGUCAAACCAUUCAGCAUUAAACAUGAAUACGAAGGGGAAUGGAAUGGCAAGAAUCGUCUAUUGACCUGUGACCCCCAUACAAAACGCACUGUUAUUAAUUCCAACUCUCCUCAAGAAGUUGAAGUGAACCAGGAAAUUUUAUUCACAUAUGAUGUUGAGUUCCAGGAAAGUGAUGUGAAGUGGGCAUCUAGAUGGGAUACCUAUCUUCUCAUGAGUGAUGACCAGAUCCACUGGUUCUCAAUUGUUAAUUCUUUGAUGAUUGUUCUCUUCCUCUCGGGCAUGGUAGCAAUGAUCAUGUUGCGGACACUAUAUCGUGACAUCUCCAAGUAUAAUGAACUUGAGACCCAAGAAGAAGCCCAGGAAGAGACCGGAUGGAAAUUAGUGCACGGCGAUGUUUUCAGACCACCAAGCAACUCAGAUUUACUCUGUGUGUAUGCUGGAACAGGUGUUCAGUUUUUUGGGAUGAUACUCAUCACCAUGCUCUUUGCCGUCCUUGGGUUUCUCUCACCUUCCAACCGCGGUGGGCUAAUGACAGCCAUGCUUUUCCUCUGGGUCUUUAUGGGUCUUUUUGCUGGUUACUCCUCUGCUCGAUUGUUCAAAAUGUUCAAGGGAGCAGAAUGGAAGAAAAUUGCUCUAAGGACUGCAUUCAUGUUCCCAGCCACCGUCUUUGUCAUCUUCUUUGUCUUAAAUGCUCUCAUCUGGGGCCAGAAAUCAUCGGGGGCAGUGCCAUUUGGGACAAUGUUUGCUCUGGUUUUCUUGUGGUUCGGGAUUUCUGUUCCCCUUGUGUUUGUGGGCAGUUAUGUUGGGUUCAAGAAGCCUGCAAUUGAGGAUCCUGUGAAGACAAACAAAAUCCCAAGGCAGAUCCCAGAGCAAGCUUGGUACAUGAACCCAAUGUUCUCUAUUCUAAUUGGAGGCAUACUCCCCUUUGGAGCAGUUUUCAUUGAGCUCUUCUUCAUCCUUACCUCAAUCUGGCUGAAUCAGUUCUACUACAUCUUCGGAUUCCUCUUCAUAGUCUUCAUCAUCCUCCUCAUCACAUGUGCUGAAAUUACGAUUGUGCUUUGCUACUUCCAGUUGUGCAGUGAGGACUACUUAUGGUGGUGGAGGGCAUACUUGACAUCAGGCUCGUCAGCACUAUAUCUCUUCCUCUAUGCAACUUUCUAUUUCUUCACGAAGCUUGAAAUCACAAAGCUGGUUUCUGGGGCAUUGUACUUCGGGUACAUGCUGAUCGUUUCCUAUGCAUUUUUUGUGCUAACGGGUACAAUCGGAUUCUAUGCAUGUUUCUGGUUCACAAGGCUCAUCUACUCAUCGGUGAAGAUUGAUUGAUUAAUGCCAACCGAAUACUGUGGAGGCCUUUUCUCCUCAAGGGGGAAUUCGAACUCAUGCCAGGUAAAGAUUUGAAAUGCUUUAUUAUGCCUCUCAAAUGUGGCCUUUUGUGCUAAAUUUUUAAAAGUGGGAGGAUUCAUGAUUCUGUCGUCAUAGUAUUCUUUUAGGAGGAAGAAUACCAGCUUCUGAUAGUAGUUAUUGUGCUCCUUUUUUGUUCUGAUAUUCUUUUGGAUCUUAUAUGGUGUCUCAUAUUUGUGAUAAGAAUCCUAUUAUAGAUUAAAGGAUUCUUUUAGAGUUCCUCUGAUCUUUUACUAAUGGUGCAAGUGCAACCACCUCCCAGCUUUUUUAUUUAUUUUUAGUUAAACAAAUUUCUUGGGCAGAGUAAGAGUAUUCACCCUCUCGGGGUCUUCUGAAUACACACAGUGAAAUUGGCGGUGGUGGCUGCCAUGAGCAUGCCCGCCCACCGCCAAGUUGUAAGGGCAGCACUGCUGCGUGUGGGGACCUCAAAUAUCAAACUUAUAUUUUCUCUGUAAAUCAAGUUGUAACUUGAAGGAACACUAUAUUUUGCCUUCUUUCA